GAGUGGAAGGGAGUAGAAAGUGGUACCGUGGUACGACGAAGACGAAGUGUGUUACUCGGUCUCCAUAUGUUCUGCCAUAGUAUGUGAUAAUAGCAAGUGUCUCAGUAAAAUACCCGAAAAAUGGGUUCCAAAAUAGAAUACGUCGAUUCUUCCCAAAUUUACGCCACCAGCUACGUAAGAAAUUCCAAAGCCGUAGGAGUAUUAUGGGCAAUUUUUACGAUAUGCUACGCUAUCAUCGCAAUUGUUUCUUUUAUAACAGCUGAGUGGAUUGGUACUACCAGCGGAGAAACUCCCGGAAGGAUUGGGUUGUAUUCAAUUUGCUAUAUAGGUGAAAAUGUUGAACAGUGCAAGGAAAAUUUUUGGGAUACAUUUAUGGAGCUCGCUCAUGCUCUUCAAGCAUCUAUGGUGUUUGUAGGAUUGGCUGUUGUCACUGCUUGGUUAACCAUCUUUGUUAUGCUGUUCUUUUGUUUUUGUCGUUCCACCACUGUCUACCAUAUAUCAGCAUGGUUACAACUAAUUUCAGCCGCUUGUAUGAUUGCUGGUUGUGCUGUUUACCCAGCUGGAUGGAAUUCAGACAACAUUCGCAAAGUUUGUGGAACGUCUACAGAUAAAUACAUGUUGGGUGAUUGCCACAUUCGAUGGACUUACAUAUUGGCAGCUAUUGGUUGUUUGGAUGCUGUUAUAUUAUCAACUUUAGCAUUUCUUCUAGCUUUGAGACACAUCAAAUUACAGGCUGAUCCCAAUUAUUCUACGUCACCUAGUCUCUUCAAAGGUGAAAUGAAUGGUGCUUUUAUGGGAGACACAGCUAGUGUAGCAGGUUCAAGAAAAUCAUUGAAUAUGCAUCCGGUGCUCCUAGUCCAUCCAGGCCAAGAAGAUACUUACUCUCAAUUUUCUCAAAGAACCGUUCCAAGGUCAAUUCAUUCCGGACAUUAUUCACAUCCAAAUUCGCUUCAUAGAAACAUAUGAAACCGUAUAUUUAUUUAAUACAUAAUAUUUUUUAUAUUUAUACAUUUUACAAAUAAAUUUAAAAAUGCACUAUUUUUUACUGAAAUGUGUUAUAUAAAAACAUUAAACGUGAUAUAUAAAAUGAAACU